UCUCGCGGCUCGCAUCUCGAUCUUCCAGUGCGUGCGCUUAAAUUUGCGCACUUCCGGUAUAUCGGGAGUGCGGGACGGUUCGAUACACGCGUCACGUACGCAGGCACGCGGGCGCAUUUGUGUGUACCUUUUUUUGCGCGUGCUAUAUUCUUGCCACGCACGGAGUUACGUUCUAACGACAGUUACAUAAUCUAGGACUAUUAAAGUGCGCCGUGAUUGUGUGAUAAUUUUAACGACCGCUAUUCAAUGAGACGUAACGAGCGAGUCGGCCAGUCACUUGGAAAUUGGGUUAAAUAGAAUAACUAAACUUCCAAACCAUCGACUCGAACUUCCGACCUGUACGACGUAGCGCGCCUGUCGAUGAUGUUUCCUUUGGAAGGCUCUUUCUCUUAUCUUGUUUAACAUAAACACUCCUACGACCGGCAGAGUGCGAGUAACAAAAACGAAGGACCGCAAAAGGGCAGGUCUUUCGAGGAAAAGAAGAAAGAAAAAGGAAAGGGAUUAGAGAAGUGGGUGCUCGAACGAGAACGAAAAAGAUAACAGUACGAAUGAUAAUAGAUGUAACAGAAAGGAUCGCGAGAAGUUCCUGAUCGAAAAACGAUAAAUCGAGCUUAUUGUUCACAAAGGCAGUCCACUCGACGCACGUCGGGAUCGAUAGCGCGUGGCUGUCGAAGGCAGGAGAGGUGAAUUACCUGCGUCAACGAGAACAUCGAAUCGAUCCAUCGAAGCGACCCAAGUUCGCAUAAUUGCAUCUUCCGUCAUUGCAUCGUAAAGUUUCUUCUUCGUCGUACAGAUACGAGGAAGAAAGUUUGUACUUCGUCCGCGAAGAAGUCCGUACAAAGGAAGACAUCGUGUGAGGGAAGCAAAUCAUGAAAUGAGAUGUAUCGACGAGCUGCCAGAGAAUCGGCAACGGGCACGUAGAGUGCGUCGCCAUUGGGAGAUAAAGCGAACGCGAGAGGGUAAGAGCGACCGUUUCCGGUGGAGAUCUUCCGGAAAAUCGGCGAAUAGGUCGAUUGAAUUCGCGGAAGCGAGACGUUCGCGAGACGCUCCGCAUCUUGAAUAUCCUGAAUCCACUUAGACGACGGCGGCGGAAGCGGAGGUAAAAUUCGAAAAUGGAAAUCGCGGCAUCGGCUAUGUUGGACGGCCUGAAAAACAAUCGUAUCAGCAAGCUGGCGCUGUCGCGGUUCUUGUCGCAGAGUCUAGCGCAAUUAGAGACGACCGGUAGUCCCUCUAGCAAAUCUCCGGCAGGUGGUAGCGGCGGUCCCGCGAGCGGUGUAGCAGGAGCAACAGCGGCACCAGGAAGCGGCGCCAGCAAUGCCGGAAGCGUAGAACCCCGUACACCAACCGCCGGGCCACAAAACAAGCAACUGCAGAAUGUCAAAGGAGAACAUCCCUCGAAAGCGUUUCUACAGAGCAGGUCCAUCUCCUUGGUCGACAUGUACAUUGAUAAUUCGGAACCGAGCGAGAAUGUUGGCCAGAUCCACUUCAGUCUCGAGUAUGAUUUCCAGAACAGUACGCUCAUUCUGCGUAUCAUACAGGGUAAAGAUCUGCCGGCGAAGGACUUGUCAGGCACUUCCGAUCCGUACGUGCGUGUAACGCUGCUACCGGAUAAGAAACACCGACUCGAGACAAAAAUCAAAAGGCGCACGUUGAAUCCGAGAUGGAACGAGACGUUCUAUUUCGAAGGUUUCCCCAUACAGAAGCUGCAGAGCAGGGUAUUACAUCUACACGUCUUCGACUAUGAUCGAUUCUCGAGGGAUGACUCCAUAGGGGAAAUGUUUCUGCCGCUUUGCCAGGUCGAUCUAUCCGAGAAACCAUCAUUUUGGAAAGCUCUUAAGCCGCCGGCUAAAGAUAAAUGUGGAGAACUCUUAUGCUCGCUGUGCUAUCAUCCGAGUAAUUCCAUAUUGACGUUGACUCUCUUGAAGGCGAGGAAUCUCAAAGCUAAGGAUAUUAACGGAAAAUCAGAUCCAUACGUCAAGGUAUGGCUACAGUUUGGUGACAAGAGGAUCGAGAAACGCAAGACUCCUAUUUUCAAAUGCACCUUGAAUCCUGUAUUUAAUGAGGUAUUCUCCUUUAAUGUACCUUGGGAGAAAAUCAGAGAAUGCUCUUUGGAUGUAAUGGUGAUGGAUUUCGACAACAUUGGACGAAACGAACUGAUCGGUCGGAUUCAGCUCGCAGGAAAAAAUGGAAGUGGGGCGAGUGAAACGAAACAUUGGCAGGACAUGAUCACAAAGCCGAGGCAGACCAUCGUGCAGUGGCAUCGCUUGAAGCCCGAGUAAAGGACACGCUUAUCCUGAUCGACGAUAAAUGAUAUUCUGUCGGUUUCUUCCCCCCUCCUGGGAUGCGUUACCCAUCAAAGUUACGUUAACGAAACCACUCUUUUUUCUUUUUUUUUUUUGCUCGAUAUCCUUUACCCGAUCGCAACCGAUCUCGACGAGAGUACCCAUCAGCCCGUAUCCAUCAACGACUGUAUAAUAUCCUCCUUCGCAUCGCGCGGAGUGCUCUUAGCGACGCUGGUCGUCGGGGAGCAGUGCCGAUUAUGUGUUAAUCACGAUUAGGAAUCCGAGACGUUCUCGUUAUCGCCUGUUAUUGAGCUAUCAUUGCGUAUUAACGAGCAACGUACGUGGUGAAUUAUCGUUAUUACUAGUACAAUGGCGAAUCUGUCAAGCGUUUUGAACAGAAAUUAAUAAUCGCAUUGACGGUAGUCGCACCCGCAAGAGGAGGGACACAGCAAAUGGCUACGGGCUGAAGACUCAGUCUUCCGUCGUAGCGAAAUCGGGCAGCCUCUCCGGGCACAUCAGGUGCCAUUCCUCUUAUUUUCUCAACCUCUUCUUCUCCAUCCCUCCCUCCCAUUUUCUUAUCCGUGUCCGCCUCAUUACCGCCCGGUGCGGUGUUCGACACGGGAUCUGCGAUAUUAUACCGCAGGUAAAAUUGAUCGUUCUUUCCAGGACGAACAACUCGAGCAUUUUGCUCGUCAGUUUCGCGCGAGUGUUUGAUAGAACGUCGCGUUUAAAUGUCCUGUAGGCGUUUUGCCGGGCUUUUAUAUUGUUUGAGUCUACGCGCGCUCGAAAACACGUCGGAACUGGAAAUAUUAAAAUCAAAGGAGCAAGUAGAUGAACAAGAUAUGCAUCACAUUCUUCUACAAAGGAAGAGUGCUAUUUUUAUGGAUAAAAAUUCGCGUUAUUAGAUAGUGAUGUCAGUUUAGCAAUGUAACACUUCUUGUUGAAACUCAGUCAUGGAUCGAGAAUGCGUAGCACGAAAUUUUGCUACUGCGACAAUUGACUCGAGGUUAAAGGCGAA